AUGGCCGACACAGCUGAAGCCUCGGGAGCUGAUCACCAACAGGAACACGCCAAGCGCAACAGAGUGGUUGACUCUGUUGAAGAGAAAGCUCAAGAGGUCUUUAAGGAGGACUAUGCCCAGGCUCGAGAGCAUGUCGCCAGCGCUGCCAAGAGCCGAUCCUACCUCUACCCGAUCAAGGUACAGGAAUCCUCCUCUUGUACCCCAGAGAGGUCACUUGCUAACGCAGCACGUCUUGAACAGGGAAUUUUCUACUUCAUCUCUCAUCGCUCACUUUGGAAGCCAUUCAUCUCCAAGCUCGGUCCGCUGGUACUCCUCUCUACCGGUGUCAUUGGUGGCAUGUUCUUCUUUACAUACCUGCCGCAGCUCGCCGUACUAUUCUUCGUGAAUGGCCCUAUCGCGCCCUUCUCUGCGGUUCUCUUGGUUCUCAAUGAGAGCACCACUAUUAUCAACCUUGUGUCUCGCAACUACCUCCUUCAAGAUGCCCUUCUCGAUGUGUUUGAUGGUACACUCCUUGCCCGUGGAGAUACCCAGAUCGUGAGCGAGGGACGAGAGGUCAAGUCUGGGGCAGAUCCGAUGCAGAAACUGGGCAAGAUCAUCAAGAGCCCCUUUGAGAAGUUCAGCCCCAAGGCUAUUGUCCGCUACGUGAUGUACCUGCCUCUCAACGCCAUCCCGGUUGUUGGUACGGUCAUCUUCAUUCUCAUUCAAGGCCGUACUCGAGGCAAGGGAGUUCACGGUCGAUAUUUCCAACUGAAGAAAUGGUCGCAACCCAAGAGAGAGGAUUGGCUCACCAAGAAUGUUGGCCCCUACACUGCGUUCGGACUAGUUGCCACUCUUCUCGAGAUGGUUCCUGUUGCUUCCAUGUUUUUCACAUUCAGUAACACAGCUGCCCUCUGGGCUGCUGAUAUCGAGGAUAAGAAUGCCUCCAUGACUGAUGGAACUGCCCCUACUCUGCGUGAAACCGCAAAAAAGGCCGAAUAA